CGUAUAAGAAAAGCAUGAGAUCCAUCAUCACAGUUCCAAUUAUCAAAUGAGACAAGAUUUAAGGAAACAGGAUCAAAUUAGUUUAUCCCAAGUUCAAUAAAAUCCGCCUCUCAAGUCUCAAUGGUCGCGACACGAGCGCAACUGAUAUGGAUCCCGUCUUCGGGAGUAGGCCACUUGGUGUCGGCGGUGGAGAUCGCGAAGCUCCUCGUCGAACGGGAUGAUCGCCUAUCCAUCACCUUGCUUGUGUUGAACCCGCCACGCGCCUCCAAGUCCAACCCGUUUGCGGAACUCCUUGCCUCCGUCUCCUCCUCCACCGCCUCCGCUGCAAAGUCACAGAUCCGCUUCCAAGAGCUGCCCUACGAAGAUGAUCCUUCUGGCCUCGGUGCCAAGUCCAACAUGAGCCUAGCUGAACGUCACAAGCCCCAGGUGCGAGCAGCCGUGGCUGAACUCACCCGUGCCCUCGACUCUCCCCCUCUUGCCGGGUUCAUUAUCGACAUGUUCUGCACCCCGAUGAUCGACGUCGCUAAUGAGUUUGGAGUCCCCAGCUACAUGUUCUUCACUUGUAGUGCCGCUUUCUUAGGCUUCAUGUUCCAUGUCCUGGCCUUACAGGACGACGAGGGGAAGGACUUAUCUGAGUUUAAGGACUCGGAUGCCAAGCUGGACAUCCCGACUCUCGUAAACCCACUUCCCGCCAAGGUUUUCCCGACUGUUGUGCUAGAUGAAGAACAUCGGGUUUGGUUUCUUGGUGCUGCUAGGAGGUUCCGGGAAACCAAGGGCAUCGUGAUAAAUUCGUUCGAGAAGCUUGAACCAAACGCAUUGAAAUCCCUCCUGGGAGAUGACAAGAUCCCGCCGGUUUACCCUGUCGGUCCGAUACUGAACCUCGAGGUAACUGGCCGGUCCGACAAGAGUUCGGAAAUACUCAGCUGGCUCGAUGCCCAGCCUAGUUCAUCAGUGGUGUUCCUAUGCUUCGGGAGCGUCGGGAGUUUCCACGAUGACCAGGUGAAUCAGAUUGCCCAUGGACUCGAGAAGAGCGGGCAUCGCUUCCUGUUGUCCCUGCGCAGACCCCCGCCCACGGGCAUGCUCAGGGCAUACCCAGAGGAAUACGAAAACCUGGCCAAAGUUCUCCCUGAGGGAUUCCUGGAACGGACCUCCGAGAGGGGUAAAGUGAUCGGAUGGGCCCCGCAGGUAGAGGUGCUGGCCCACCCGUCGGUUGGUGGGUUCGUGACGCAUUGCGGGUGGAACUCAACCCUGGAAAGCCUGUGGUUUGGCGUCCCCAUCGCAGCCUGGCCUCUGUAUGCGGAGCAGCAGUUCAAUGCAUUCAUGAUGGUGGUGGAGCACGGGAUGGCGGUAGAGGUGAAGAUGGACUACAGGAACGACUUAGGAAUGGAGACCAAGGAGAUCGUGGACUCCGAAGUGAUCGAGAAAGCGGUGCAGAAGCUGAUGAAGGCCGACGGCCAUGACGAGAAGAAGGAGAAAGUGAGGCAAAUGAGUGAAAGGAGUAGGGAGGCACUAGCAGAAGGCGAUUCAUCUCAUUUAGCGAUAGGGCGUUUUAUCGGUGAUGUCUUCAAGAACAUCCCGUGAGCAAGCUGAAUGAGCGGCAAUAUGAAGCAAGGCACUGGAGUAUAUCCGUUUAUCACACACAAACAAGGGCAAUUUCUGACUAGAGGCUAAUAUACAUAUCUUCUUCUUCGUUUUUCUCCAAAAUCAAUCGACAUAGGUAUGUCCAUGCCAAUAUCAACGGCUUUAGACUUAGCAGUUUCGAGUAUAAACGAUUAUAUGUAACAAAUGUUGUCCAAGCUGAUUCAUAGUUUCAAAAGAUAGUGUAGCGUAGUGGCACACGUUCUCACUUA